GUGGAGCACAGGGCGAAGGCCUUGCCAGGCAUCCCGGGGUCUCCAGCUAAGCCAGCGGCCGCAGGGAGUGCGGCCUCGGGGUCGCCAGACCCUCGGCUUCCAACCACACACACACACAAAGGCUGCCCCGGCAUGCGCGGGAGAGCGCGCUCGCACCCACGGCCGUGCGCACACACGCACAACUGCACAAAAGACGUGCACACUCCUCCAUCCACACCAAUACACUCCCUAAUAGGGCCCGCACACAGCCGUGCGCCCUCACGUACACCACACCACCACCAUACACACACACACACACACACUCACUCAUACGGACUCGCACGCGGGUGGACCCCUCCCCCACCACAAACGCCGACCCUGGGGCCCUGACGCGUCCUGCAGCGCUGCCCUGGCUCGCUGGGCCGCGCGCGCACACGCAGACGCGCGCGCGCGCACACACACACACAUACACACACACACCCCGCGCGGUUCCACGCCCCUGACCGCGGCCCGGACGCUGCGCUGCUCUGCGCGGCGGGAGGCGGGCGGGGACCCGGGGCGGGGGCGGGGGCGGGGGCGGCGGCGGCGGCCGGGAGAGCUGAGAAGGCGGAGCAGGGAGCCGGGAGCGGGCUGGCCCGCGCUCCUCCUGCUGGCCGGGGAUUUUCCUGCCUGGGCGCUGACGCCGCGGACCUCCCUUCGGCUGUCGCGGACCAUGGGCGACAAAGGGACCCGAGUGUUCAAGAAGGCCAGUCCGAAUGGAAAGCUCACCGUCUACCUGGGAAAGCGGGAUUUUGUGGACCACAUCGACCUCGUGGACCCCGUGGAUGGUGUGGUCCUGGUGGAUCCUGAGUAUCUCAAAGAGAGGAGAGUCUAUGUGACACUGACCUGCGCCUUCCGCUAUGGCCGGGAGGACCUGGAUGUCCUGGGCCUGACCUUUCGCAAGGACCUGUUUGUGGCCAACGUGCAGUCCUUCCCACCGGCCCCCGAGGACAAGAAGCCCCUGACACGGCUGCAGGAGCGCCUCAUCAAGAAGUUGGGCGAGCACGCCUACCCUUUCACCUUUGAGAUCCCUCCAAACCUUCCAUGCUCUGUGACACUGCAGCCGGGGCCCGAAGACACAGGGAAGGCUUGCGGUGUGGACUAUGAAGUCAAAGCCUUCUGCGCGGAGAAUUUGGAGGAGAAGAUCCACAAGCGGAAUUCUGUGCGUCUGGUCAUCCGGAAGGUUCAAUAUGCCCCAGAGAGGCCUGGCCCCCAGCCCACAGCCGAGACCACCAGGCAGUUCCUCAUGUCGGACAAGCCCUUGCACCUAGAGGCCUCCCUGGAUAAGGAGAUCUAUUACCAUGGAGAACCCAUCAGUGUCAACGUCCACGUCACCAACAACACCAACAAGACGGUGAAGAAGAUCAAGAUCUCAGUGCGCCAGUAUGCAGACAUCUGCCUUUUCAACACAGCUCAGUACAAGUGCCCUGUUGCCAUGGAAGAGGCUGAUGACACUGUGGCACCCAGCUCGACGUUCUGCAAGGUCUACACACUGACCCCCUUCCUAGCCAAUAACCGAGAGAAGCGAGGCCUCGCCUUGGACGGGAAGCUCAAGCAUGAAGACACGAACUUGGCCUCUAGCACCCUGUUGAGGGAAGGCGCCAACCGUGAGAUCCUGGGGAUCAUUGUUUCCUACAAAGUGAAAGUAAAGCUGGUAGUGUCUCGGGGCGGCCUGUUGGGAGAUCUUGCAUCCAGUGAUGUGGCUGUGGAACUGCCUUUCACCCUAAUGCACCCCAAGCCCAAAGAGGAACCCCUGCAUCGGGAAGUGAUGACGACAUUGUAUUUGAGGACUUUGCCCGCCAGAGACUGAAAGGCAUGAAGGAUGACAAGGAGGAAGAGGAGGACGGUACCGGCUCUCCACAGCUCAACAACAGAUAGACGGGCCGGCCCUGCCUCCACGUGGCUCCGGCUCCACUCUCAUGCGCUCGGAUGCUUAUUCGUCUUCUUCCCGUUCUGGUUUCUUUUCCCCUUUGUUCUUCCAGUUUCUACCAGGGGGGCCCGUGGCCUUCCAGAUCACGGUGAUGAACCUCUGACCUCAGGAUUGGCCCCACGUCACCAUGCCAACAGGACCACAGCACACCAGCUCCACCCCAUCUCUGCCAUUGCCUCUCCACUCCCCUCCUUUUCAUGCUGUCUCCCAGAAAAGCUACCAGGGUUCUGGCCUUGGAAUUGGACUUGAGAUGGGGAGCAGACAGGGGAGGAUGGGGCAUGCAGGACACGGUGUGGUGGGCGUGAGGGCUUGGAGGGAUGGGGAUGAGGGCUCAAGACACGAGAGAAGAUGUCCACGGUCCCAGGUGGUUAACAAAGUUCUGGCAGCUAAAAGAUGACCGCAUUGAAGGCCACCUCCUUCUGGCUGGGAGGGGCAGACCUGUGGACAGAUUCUCAGUGCCUUUUUGAAGUUCUGAUCCACCAAAGACCUUCUGCCUUCACCCUCCUCCCCACCCGAUGUCCCUCUGUGUCUGAUAGUGACGUUGGUGAAAGUUUGUAGACCACAGGAGUAGAGAAAAGCAACUGGAGUGACUUUCUUACCAGCAGUUACCUAGGCUGAGGCAAGCUGUGUGGACUCAACAAAGUAUAUUUCAGUACUGUCAGGAUGUGACAUCUUAGCUACCUUGCAUUUCAAGUGCAUGGGCCUGUCUAGAGAUAUGCAGAGAGAAAAGCAGAGGAAGGGAGGGAGGGGGUCUUCAGCAAGCACCAGCCCACAGCAGAGUUAGCUGAAGCUCUUGAUGAGGGUUCCCGAAGUGGGCCGCUGGGAGAUGGAGGCAGGGGACGGGGAGAGGAGAGUCUGCCUUAUGUCCCUUCCUUGUGGACUUCACAUGGUCAUGCAGGAAGUGAGGAUGGGGGUCUAGCGGGGGCUGAGGCCACUAGUAUCUUCCUGCUUCCCCCUGGCAUUCUCCAGGGCUGGACUGAACCUGCAGACUGGGAGAGUGUGCCUGAGGCCACCAUGCCACAGUCAAAGGGGGUCCUAUCCCAGAAGGUGGCAGCAUCCAUGGAGAUAUCAUCACCCAAAGGGAAGGAGGCUGCUGGGUAGCAAAUAAGCCCCUUCUUUUCUUGGGGAGUUGAUGACCUCCAGUAGCUCCCAGUGUCAUGGGUACCCAGUACGCAUUGGCUGGUGUUGGCGUGAUUGAGACCUAGGGCAAUUCCUGGGGCAAGAAGCCAGAUGGGAGAUGAGGUAGAAAGUGUUAGGAGUUACCCUCUUUGCCUGGCCUUUGAGAAUAACUUACUGUGUGACUUUCGGCAAGUUCCUUCCCCACUCUGGGCCUCAGUUUCUCACUUGGGAAAGCAAGGAGUUUGACCAGAUGAUCACAAUGGGCCUUCCUAGCUCUGGCCACCAAGAAUUUGGGAAUAUUAGCGAUCCUGGUCUGGUGGGUGGAUCCAGAGCUGCUGCCUGGUCUCUCUGCCUCCAGAGUGGUUUUAUUGGACCUCAGAGGUGGCGGGGCCCUAGGGAGCACCAACUCCCCUCAACUUCACCCCCUGCCCAGGACUGGGAAGGGAUUGAUGUCAGGCUGUGGCCAUAGCUAGCCUGAGUUGCCCAAGGAGGGACAGAGCAUGUCUUUGCUGAGGCUUGGCUGAGGGGCUUGUGAUAGGGCCUGCAGUACCUCACUGCCCCCUGUGGAUGCAGACACCCCGAGGUUUACCCAAACAAAUAUAUUUGAUUAGCAGGACAAGGGCUCUCUCCUCAGUUUCUGCUCCCUUCCAUCUCUGUCCCAUACUUGUCUGAAAAGGGAGACAAAAAAAUCUUAUGCAAGUGGCAUCUCAGUCCUUUCCAGUCCAGCACCUCUUGGGGCAGGCAGUGCGACUUAUCUCCCACGGUGAAAUCACCUGUUUCACAAAGCCUGGCAGUGCGACUUCUGAGGCUCAUGACCACUCAACCUAAGGGACCCCUCCCCAGACCAGAACCAAGUCAGCUAGGGGCAGUCGUACUCCCCGGUCUCCCAGGCAUCCAGCCCCUCCUGGAGCUUGCUGGGCAGGCUGCACCUCAUCUGGGCAGGCACAGAGCUAAUGAAAUGCUGGAGCAGUGCAUGGCAAACACACACCCCCCGCUCCCCGUGUCUUCUGAAACAUUUGGGGCUGACACAAGACCCUUUAGUGUUUGGAAUGACCUCUUUCCUGCAAACCUCUCCCCCUAUCCCUAACGCAUGCAUGGAAAAGGUUUGUCAGGCUGGUUUCCCGAGCCUCCGCCUCAACAUCACACUCACCCUUUUGGGUUUAGCCCAGUGGUGUUUAUGUUUAGCAAAUUUCUCCAGCUGCAGGGAAGGAUCAGAGCACUAUCUUUUUUUUGUUUUUCUCCUUGAGAAACUGUACAAGGCAAUGGCCAAACGUAGUUGAAUUCAGCCUACCAUCCUUUGCUGAUAACUCGGCUCUAUGCCAAGUACGGGAGACACAGAGAUGGGUCGGUCCCAGCCCCCAUCCUCAGGAAGCCCACAGUCAGGGGAACGUUGUAGGGGGAGGUAAUAGAGGGCAAUUGCCUUCAGGGCUCUUGGUGGCUGCUGGUCCCUAUCGUACCUUGAUGUGAGUUAGAAGACAGUGCCCUUUCCAGGUGAUUCAGACCCACACUAGAAUGCAUAGCUUUGUGAGUGACACACAGGUUGGAUUUUAGCACCCCUUUCCCCUUGGCCAUGUGCUGCAGCCUCGAGGGACACACAGACCAAAGUGUUUCCUUCAGCUUCUUCCUGGAGAGGAAGCACCAGGUCAUGUUUCCAAGCUUCUGGUCAACUCCAGGCACCACCCCCCAGCCCCCAAACAUGGCCAAGCGAGUGCUUCUCUGCAGGGCCCCUUUCCCUUCUGGAGUCAUUCUGUCCAGGUGAGACCUUGAAGUGAAACUAGGGGUGGCGGAGUCUCACUAGGCCCCAGGCACCAGCCCACAGUACUGGUGGUUUCUGUGCCAAGCAUUUGGGACCUGCACUUGCCAAGCCGUCCGUCACCGGGACUUUGUAGUGCACGCUGUGGGUGGCGUGUGGACACCAGUCUUGACAGGAAGGAAGAGCAUGGCCUGGUGAAAACCCACCGAGCAGAGGGCCAGCUGGACCUCCUCAGCAUUCCACCCAGGGGAAGAGUUCAGUCCCCAUGAAGAUAAGGACUGAGUUAUUUGGCUGCACCUCAGCGUCAAAGCUCAGCCCUGCUAGAGUGGGUUCACCUGGCUGUUGGUUUUGUGGGAGAGUUCCUGACAAGCUGGUUCCUACGUGGUGCAGUAAAAGGAAUUCUGUCCUGGAAGUCCCCAAUGCCACCUCUCAGUCCUGGCUGUCACCAACCACCUGGGGGACUUGGGUAAGCUACUCAACCUCUGGGGCUCAGUUUCCCUAACUGUAAAAUGGGGUUGUAAUCCUUUCCCUUCCGGAUGCAGGAAUUGUUAUGAGGCCCAGAUGAGACGAAAGUCAGCGGUCAGGGCUCUAAGUUGAAAAUGGCUGCAUGGGUGUGGCCCUGCCACUGCAGGGAUGGCCCAGGGCCACACAGGAAGUUUGCUGCGGGAGAAGGCCUCCCCACCAGUCUUCAUCACUUGCCCUGCUUCUCACUUAGGUAGAUGUCAACCAGAAUGAGAUACAGCUAAUUUGGCUUUGAUGACCUAGCGGAGCGGGAAAUUUAGACACGAUUCAGGAAUAUCAUGCCCAAAAAUAGUGGUCCCAUCAACCAGGACACAGAGGGAAGACAUGGAUAUUGUCAGUGAGUGGUGGAGGCGGACAUCUUGGACCCUCAUAGGCCUGGAGUCACUCACAUCUCCCAUCUGUCAGAACCCCACAGAGGCCAAGGGGCCUUAGCUCUGACCCCAGGUUAAAGAGAGCCACCAGGCCCCAGGCUCAGGGAGCUGAAAUCAUCCAUCUGCAGAAAAUCUAAGGGCAAGGAGAAAUAGAAAUUGCCUGUUCCUUCCCUUGAAAGUGUAAGGCCUCUUGCAGGAUCAGCUGGAGCCACCACAGCUUCUCAGUGACAUUGGGAGGGUUUCAGGCCCAGGGAAAACCUAAGCCUUUUGCCCUGAGAGCUGAGCCACAGCAGAUGCAUCCCCCAGUGGCGUCAGCAGUCCAGAGCAGCAGCUUCUCUCCUGCCAGUCACUGGGGCCUGGUUGUUCCCCACCCAUCCAGGAGGAAGGGUUUAGGUCCCAGUCUUACACUCUUACAGGGUCUCAUGGACGCAGGUCUAUGCCUGUUCUGAUACGUAUGUUUUUUAAACUCAAAAGGACCAAAAGAGACUCCUGAACCCUCAUCUAUAUGGCCUGCAUUGGGCCUGGUGUGUCUUCCUGGCCCAGGCAGCUCCAUCACUUCUGCCAUCCCUUCUGGACUAAAGUUGCAGGAUCCCCACCUCUACCACUUCCCCAGAGGGUCACUGCACAGCGGCUUCAAAGAGAGGCCCUGUUGAAGGGGAAACAUCCUCCCCCCAUCACACUCCCAACUCGUCACCCCAAAAGGGAAGUCAAAGCACAGGUCUGUGGGGCCCAUGGUUUGUAGACACUGAUACAGUGGUUUUCAAACCAGGUGCUGCGGAACCCCUGGUAUUCCACAGAGUUUUGCCAGGGGAUGCUAAGGUGGGAAGAUGGGAGUGGAGGCAAAGGAUAGGUUUCCAGCCCUCCUCCCAUUUCCACCUCCACCAGAACAACUCUGCUUUUAUUUGUCUUGCCUACUGAGAUUUCAUUUUCAAGCUUUCUUUGAAGAAAAACUUCAAACCACCAUCUCCAGGUUUGAUCUUAGACCAGCCAGCACAGGUUCUAUUCUUGCUGCUCAUGUUGGAAUGGCUCCAGCAUUCCAGUACAAAGUGUCUUUGUGUUGGAACCUGACACACACACACACACACACACACGCACACACACAUGCAUACAUAGUUGAUGGUUUUUCUAGCCAACCCACCCUGAAGCUCUGGCCAAGGUUUGAUUUGAACAGGGGCCUGGUGCUCGGUGGGGAUGGGUCUUGACCCUGAUAUUGGCCCAUGAGGCACGGGGAGCUCUGCAGCAAGGAAACAGGCUCAAUCCCACACCUAGGACUUGUGUCUGCACCCCUGUCUGGCACCCCACUUUCCUGGCCCAGGCCCAGGGGACAGCAGGAGAAGCAGUGUGAUGGAGAGAGAGCCUAGGGCUAAAUUCAUCUUUACACAGAGCCAGAUGGAUGGAAAUCUUGGCUCACAUAAAAGGCAGACUCAGGGAGGAUUUGGUGACAAAAGUCCCUCCUUUGCGGGCAGGAUUCCCCCAGGAAUCCUGUACACUUUAGUGAGACCUGGAUCAGCCCUUGGUACAAAGUCUUGCCUGCCCUGCCCCCUACCCCCACCCCCCAAGGAAUUCUAGGUGAAAAUGUGAAGCUCAGGGCACAGCAAACGCAUGACAUGGGUGUAUUGCAUUAGGUCUGAGUGUGUCCUUAGUUUCCCUGUGUGUAAAAUGAGGCUAGUGCCAGGCUCUUCCCACCUCACUGGGACAAUUGCAAGGGUCAUAGGAGAGUUGGGUAUGAUAGGUGGUCAUAUGAGGUGGUGGGUAUAAGAAGUGGGUGCCUCACAAACUCGGGGUGUGGUUCUGACCUGCAUGGCAGAUGAGGAGAGCACUUGGGAACGAGCAUAGGAAGUGCCGUCUUCCCGGGCAUCUCUGCUCCGUGUUAAGGUCUAGCCACAGAUGCUGUGGGACCUGCCUCUUCCUAUGGAAUGGGGGCCUGCAUGGAUUGUGUCCUGGGGCAGGAGUGAGGGAUGGCUGGGAAGAAUCUGCAGGUCUGUGGCCCUUGUGUUGAGUGAUUAUUUUGUGACACUCUCAUUCCUGGACCACCUGCCAGGUUUAUCUGUUAUACCUGUGGCAUUCUUAUGUCAGACAAAUUAUUAUAGUUUAUUCAACUCUAACAAAUGAACAAAAUAAUAAUAAAUAGGAAGCCAUUAAAGGUCUUUUGUGGCAGA